AUGGAAAAGUCUACUGGCGCUGAUGAUACAUUCAUCGCGACGGUCGAUGUGCCUGCAACUGCCGCUGUGAUGGAUUUUGUCUUUAGCGACGGCGGUGCCAUUUACGACAACGCCGACCGCGCAGAUUUCCACGCUCCGGUUCGCAACGCUUCGCAAAAACUCGAGAUUGCGCGAAUGAGUUCAGUUUUGCAACGAUUUCAAGAAAUUACGACUGCUCGACACGCAAAAGAGAAGGCUGAUAAGAUCAAGAAGGACAAGCGAGAUAAGGCGAAAGCGGAGGCAAAGGCGAAGGCGCAAGCGGUGACGCUCAAGCAGCAAGAGCAUGUACUUUUCACAGAGCCGGGUCAGUUGGAGGCAGGCAAAAUCAUGAAGCUGUUCUAUAAUCCCAAUAACACGUCGCUCAAAGGGUCUGAGCGCGUGUUUAUCGUGGGGAGUUGGAACAGAUGGUCGCACGAAAAGACUUUCAAACUCCCCAUGACUGAGGUUCUUGUCAAGGGCGAAAAGCGCAUGGAAGUUGAGUUGAACAUCCCUACCGACGCGUACAUGAUGGAUUUCGUGUUCUCCAACGGAAACCACGAAGGAGCUCACUACGAUAACCGUAACAACAUGGACUAUCACAUUCCCGUGAUCGGAGGCAAGGAUGAAAAAGGUGUCGCCGUGGUGGAGAAGCCGCUUCACGUCGUGAGCGUGAGCGUCGAAAUGGCUCCAAUCGCCAAGGUUGGUGGCCUUGGUGAUGUUGUCACAUCACUCGGAUUGGCUGUUCAAGCGGAAGGGCACAAAGUUGAAGUCGUUCUUCCGAAAUACGACGUCCUCAAGUACGAUCUCAUCGAAGACUUGAAGGAGGAGGAAGGCUUUCAGUGGGGUGGCUGUUACAACCACGUUUUCAGCGGUACCGUAGAGGGAGUGAAGACUUACUUCAUCGAUCCAGACAAUGGUAUGUUCAAGGUUGGCAUGAUUUACGGUACCGACUACUUGGAGAUUCCUUUGACGGAUGCCGAGAGAUUUGGAUACUUUAGUCGAGCAGCUUUGGAAUGGAUGUUGCAAAGCGGUCGACAGCCCGACAUCAUUCACUGUCACGAUUGGCAAACCGCACCCGUGGCCAAGGUGUACUGGGAAGACUAUCACAACUAUGGCUUAGGUAACCCUCGAGUGGUGUUCACCAUUCACAACCUCGACUUUGGUCAAAGCUUGAUCCGCGAGGCGAUGGAUUACAGUCAAAUUGGGACAACGGUGUCGAGAUCGUACGCGCAAGAGAUUUCAGGUCACGACUCCAUCUCUCAUCAACUCCAAAAAUUCCACGGCGUGGUGAACGGGAUCGAUCCCGAUAUCUGGGAUCCAGCGAAUGACAAGUGCUUACCGGUAUCAUAUGAGAUAGACACAGUUGCUGAAGGCAAGGCGGCUUGUCGCGCAGCUUUGUGCUCGAGGAGUAACAUUUCAAACAAGAGCGACGUACCGCUCAUCGGCGUCGUAACGCGUCUUACGCAUCAAAAAGGAAUUCAUCUGAUCAAGCACGCCAUUUUCAAAGCGCUCGAGCGAGGUUGUCAGGUCGUGCUGCUCGGAAGCGCCCCGGAUCCGAACGUGCAGCGCGAGUUUGAAGACAUGGCGAAUGCUUUGAAACAGAACCAUUUCAACGAUGCCGCCUUGCACUUGUACUUUGACGAACCGUUAUCGCACCUGAUCUACGCUGGUUCCGAUAUGAUUCUCGUGCCGUCGAUGUUCGAACCGUGUGGUUUAUCUCAGCUCAUUGCGAUGCGAUAUGGCACCGUUCCCGUCGUUCGUCGUACGGGCGGUCUCGCGGACACUGUAUUUGAUUACGAUCACGAUCACGCCAAGGCUGAAUGGGAAGGAAUGACACCGAAUGGAUUUCAGUUCGACGGUACAGAAGCGCACGAUAUUGACUACGCGUUGAACCGUGCCAUUGAUCUGUUCUACAACGACAUAGAAAAAUUCCACGCCUUGCAAGCAAACUGCAUGUCGUGCGAUUUCUCAUGGAACAGACCCGCGUUGGAUUACAUUGAGCUGUACCACGCGGCAAGAAAAUAG